UCAGGAAAACUGAAAAAGAAACACAUUGUGAUAACAAGAAAGUAGCGAGCCACAAAAUUCUUGGCAGAGGCAAGCCUGAUGGAAGAACGGAGACGAUGGUGCCCAACUUCCCAUUCUUUGUUUGCACUCCAUCUCCAGCCCUGUUACCUAGCUCUGGGGAAAGCAUCUGCCGAGAGCAACCCGUCCUGCACCGAGGACUCCCCUCUGGCUCUUGUGAUGCACUAGAGGAGGUGGUGGUGGUCAGGGGCAGAUUAACCAGUAAGCGAAGUUCAUAAGGGCUGAAUUAUGUUUACUUACUCAUCUGUGGAGAACUAUUUUCGAUGUGAAAAACAAGUGAAAUUGUUCACUACAGACUAGUAAAUACACACUACUAAGGCCAAGCUUUCUGCCCCUGGGGUGGUGAUGGUGGUGGUUGAGUGGGUAUUACCCACCAGUGGUAAUGGUUGCAAUGGGGUUUUUUCCUGUGUAUCUCCUAGUCGUGGGCAACUCUCACUUUUCUCCAGUAUCAAAGAUUGGAAUUUUCCCUUUUCUAGCCAGAUGCUCUAAAUGUUUAAGUGAGGCCAAGAGAAGCUGCCUCAGGUGUUCAUAAGAGUUCUGGUUCAGCCCACUCAAAACCUGUCAUUGGUAAAUUGCUUUGUGGAGGGCAUGGGCUUGGGGAGGCUGGGAAGAGAAAAAAAUAAUAUAUGGGGAAAAUAAUAUGAGUCAGUCAUGCUAUAUAACAAAAAUAACCCAUAUUCUCUCUCCUUAAUCCUCCACACUCUAAUUCUACCACGUAAUUAUUUUACCAGACUUUCAUUCCAAAAUUAAAAAUAGUGCCUAAAGAAACCCUCAAGGAUGUGAUCUUUCCAUCAGAAGUCUCAAAAUUUUACUUAGUUGUAACCAGACAUUUCUGAGGGAAGUUUUUUUAGAGGAUUUGGGUAGGGGUAAGAGCACUAGGACAACUGCCAAUGACAUUGGGUAUUGAGUGGGUGGUAAGGGUUCAGGUCGGAAGGGAUGGAUAAGGUUUUGGUAGGUGCUGGAAGGUAAUUUUCUUGUAGCAAGAUGUUCUGUGAUGUUCCCAGUCUCUGCUUCCUGAGAUGUUUCUUGUUCCUAUGCAGACAUUGUGUGGGUGUACCUUCAGAGUGAGGGUUCAUGAUUUUAUCCAACUUUGCAACUUCCUAUAUUGAUGAGCCCAAAUAAACCUGCUGAGUUAGCAGAAACAUAAUCAUGUGUAUCUGUAUGAAAAGUACCCAAUAUAUUUUUCCUACAAGUACUGUAGUUAUAAUCUAUUUUUCCUCUGUAGAGAAAAAGAAAUGCUACGUUUAUAAGGGCAAGUAUGGUUAUGUUGAGGCUGAGGAUAAAGGGAGUGGAGAUAAUGGGUGGCAAAUAGGAGAAUAUAUGUUGCAUUUCUCUCCUUUCUGCAGAGUCAGUGUCAAGGAGCACAAAGUCCAGGUGAUAAGCCCUCCAGAGUUUGAAAUGAUUGAAGACAUGGCCAUACUGACUCACCUCAGUGAAGCACCUGUGCUGUAUAACCUGAAAAGGCACUAUGAGCACUGGAUGAUCUAUAAGUAUUCAGGUCUUUUCUGCAUGACCAUAAACCCUGACAAGUGGCUUCCAGUGUAUCAGAAAGAAGUUGUGGCUGGCUACAAAAGGCAGAGGGCAUCAGAGGUUCCCCUUCACAUCUCUGCUGUUGCUUAUAACACCUUUCAGGAUAUGCUUCACAGCCAAGACAAUCGGUCUCAGCUCUUCACUGGUGAAUCUGGCGCUAGAAAGAAUGUGAACAUCAAACACGUUAUCUAGUAUUUUGCCACAUACAAAUUUAUCAGCAUGCAGUUUGGCAUCAGAGGCAAGCUGUCAUCUACAGGCGUCGAUAUCUAUGUGCUCCUGUUGUCUGUAAAUCCCUCUGCCUUUCACAUUUGCUUUCAAGGAGUGGUUGCUGUGGAGAGCUCAGAGGACAGAGAAUUGCUGGCCACCGAUGAAGCCAUGGACACCUUGGGCUUUCUUUCUGAUGGGAGGUAUAGAUCCUAUAGACUCACCGGAGCCAUCAUGUACUUUGGAAACAUGAACUUUAAGCAGAAACCCAGAAAAGAGCAAGUGAAAGCAGAUGGCACAGAAAGCUUUGGCUUUGAAAGAAUCAAAAUUGGCAAUGAAUAUGUUACCAGAGGUCAAACUGUAGAACAGGUAACCUGUGUUACUGGUGCCCUGUUCAAGUCAAAAACGAUGUUUAAGUGGCUGGCGGCAUGUAUUCACAGGGCUCUGGAUGCCAACCGCCAAGGCAUUCUUGACAUGACUCGUUUUGAAAUCCUUGAUAUAAGCAGCCUUGUGCAGCUUCUCAUUAAUUUUACCAAUGAAAAAUUACAGCAGUUCUUCAGUCAGCACAUAUUUGCUCUGGAACAAGAGGACUAUUAGAAAGAAGGCAUUGACUGGGUGUUCAUUGACUUUGGGCUGGGUUUGCAAGCCUGCACAGAUCUUGUUGAGAAGCCAAUGGGUACCCUUUCUAUCCCUGAAGAGGAGUAUAUGUUCCCUAGGGCUACAGACGGGACUUUCAAGACUAAGCUCUCUGACAACAAUUUAGGAAAGUUGGUUCAUCUCCUGAAGCCCAAGCCCAACAAGAGGAGAAAAUAGGAAGCUCACUCUGAACUUGUCCGCUAUGCAGGAGUGAUAACCUUUCCAAAGGUGCCUUAUAACUUCAGUGGUUAGCUUGAAAAGAACCAACAACAAAAAAAAGACGCUGUUAAUGAAACAGUGGUAGCUAUAUUUCAGAAGUCUUUCAACAGACUCUUACGGAGCCUUUCUGAAAAUUUCAUGAGUACCAACAGUACUGAAAGAAACGCAAAAAAAGAAGCUUCAUUCCAAAUGGCUGCAUCUCUGCAUAAAGGAAACCUAAAUAAACUAAGAAAUAAUCUGAAAUGAACAGCACCUCAUUUCCUGAGAUGCAUAAAUCCCGAAGUGAACAAAAUGCUAGUUGCCGAGCUGGCGCUCAUGGCCACCCCGCGUGUGUCGGAGCGCGACCGCGUUCCACCCCGCGUGUGUCGGAGCACGGCCGCGUUCCACCCCGCGUGUGUCGGGGCACCGCCGCGUUCCACCCCCCGUGUGUCGGGGUACGGCCGCGUUCCACCCCGCGUGUGUCGGGGCACGGCCGCGUUCCACCCCGCGUGUGUCGGGGCACGGCCGCGUUCCACCCCGCGUGUGUCGGGGCACGGCCGCGUUCCACCCCGCGUGUGUCGGGGCACGGCCGCGUUCCACCCCGCGUGUGUCGGGGCACGGCCGCGUUCCACCCCCCGUGUGUCGGGGCACCGCCGCGUUCCACCCCGCGUGUGUCGGGGUACGGCCGCGUUCCACCCCGCGUGUGUCGGAGCACGGCCGCGUUCCACCCCGCGUGUGUCGGGGUACCGCCGCGUUCCACCCCCCGUGUGUCGGGGCACCGCCGCGUUCCACCCCGCGUGUGUCGGGGCACCGCCGCGUUCCACCCCCCGUGUGUCGGGGCACCGCCGCGUUCCACCCCGCGUGUGUCGGGGCACGGCCGCGUUCCACCCCGCGUGUGUCGGGGCACGGCCGCGUUCCACCCCGCGUGUGUCGGGGCACGGCCGCGUUCCACCCCGCGUGUGUCGGAGCACGGCCGCGUUCCACCCCCCGUGUGUCGGGGCACGGCCGCGUUCCACCCCCCGUGUGUCGGGGCACCGCCGCGUUCCACCCCGCGUGUGUCGGGGCACCGCCGCGUUCCACCCCCCGUGUGUCGGGGCACCGCCGCGUUCCACCCCCCGUGUGUCGGGGCACGGCCGCGUUCCACCCCGCGUGUGUCGGGGCACGGCCGCGUUCCACCCCGCGUGUGUCGGGGCACGGCCGCGUUCCACCCCGCGUGUGUCGGGGCACGGCCGCGUUCCACCCCCCGUGUGUCGGGGCACCGCCGCGUUCCACCCCGCGUGUGUCGGGGCACCGCCGCGUUCCACCCCGCGUGUGUCGGGGCACGGCCGCGUUCCACCCCCCGUGUGUCGGGGCACCGCCGCGUUCCACCCCGCGUGUGUCGGGGCACGGCCGCGUUCCACCCCCCGUGUGUCGGGGCACCGCCGCGUUCCACCCCGCGUGUGUCGGGGUACGGCCGCGUUCCACCCCGCGUGUGUCGGGGUACCGCCGCGUUCCACCCCGCGUGUGUCGGGGUACCGCCGCGUUCCACCCCGCGUGUGUCGGGGCACGGCCGCGUUCCACCCCGCGUGUGUCGGGGCACCGCCGCGUUCCACCCCGCGUGUGUCGGAGCACGGCCGCGUUCCACCCCCCGUGUGUCGGGGCACCGCCGCGUUCCACCCCCCGUGUGUCGGGGCACGGCCGCGUUCCACCCCGCGUGUGUCGGGGCACGGCCGCGUUCCACCCCGCGUGUGUCGGGGCACGGCCGCGUUCCACCCCGCGUGUGUCGGAGCACGGCCGCGUUCCACCCCCCGUGUGUCGGGGCACCGCCGCGUUCCACCCCCCGUGUGUCGGGGUACGGCCGCGUUCCACCCCGCGUGUGUCGGGGCACGGCCGCGUUCCACCCCGCGUGUGUCGGGGCACCGCCGCGUUCCACCCCGCGUGUGUCGGAGCACGGCCGCGUUCCACCCCCCGUGUGUCGGGGCACCGCCGCGUUCCACCCCCCGUGUGUCGGGGCACGGCCGCGUUCCACCCCGCGUGUGUCGGGGCACGGCCGCGUUCCACCCCGCGUGUGUCGGGGCACGGCCGCGUUCCACCCCGCGUGUGUCGGAGCACGGCCGCGUUCCACCCCCCGUGUGUCGGGGCACCGCCGCGUUCCACCCCGCGUGUGUCGGAGCACGGCCGCGUUCCACCCCCCGUGUGUCGGGGCACCGCCGCGUUCCACCCCCCGUGUGUCGGGGUACGGCCGCGUUCCACCCCGCGUGUGUCGGGGUACGGCCGCGUUCCACCCCGCGUGUGUCGGGGCACGGCCGCGUUCCACCCCGCGUGUGUCGGGGCACGGCCGCGUUCCACCCCGCGUGUGUCGGAGCACGGCCGCGUUCCACCCCCCCGUGUGUCGGGGCACCGCCGCGUUCCACCCCGCGUGUGUCGGAGCACGGCCGCGUUCCACCCCCCGUGUGUCGGGGCACCGCCGCGUUCCACCCCCCGUGUGUCGGGGUACGGCCGCGUUCCACCCCGCGUGUGUCGGAGCACGGCCGCGUUCCACCCCCCGUGUGUCGGGGCACCGCCGCGUUCCACCCCCCGUGUGUCGGGGUACGGCCGCGUUCCACCCCGCGUGUGUCGGGGUACGGCCGCGUUCCACCCCGCGUGUGUCGGGGCACGGCCGCGUUCCACCCCGCGUGUGUCGGAGCACGGCCGCGUUCCACCCCGCGUGUGUCGGAGCACGGCCGCGUUCCACCCCCCGUGUGUCGGGGCACCGCCGCGUUCCACCCCGCGUGUGUCGGGGCACCGCCGCGUUCCACCCCCCGUGUGUCGGGGCACCGCCGCGUUCCACCCCGCGUGUGUCGGGGUACGGCCGCGUUCCACCCCGCGUGUGUCGGGGUACGGCCGCGUUCCACCCCGCGUGUGUCGGGGUACCGCCGCGUUCCACCCCGCGUGUGUCGGGGUACCGCCGCGUUCCACCCCGCGUGUGUCGGGGUACGGCCGCGUUCCACCCCGCGUGUGUCGGGGUACCGCCGCGUUCCACCCCGCGUGUGUCGGGGUACGGCCGCGUUCCACCCCGCGUGUGUCGGGGUACCGCCGCGUUCCACCCCGCGUGUGUCGGAGCGCGGCCGCGUUCCACCCCGCGUGUGUCCGAGACCACAGCAGGCCUUUGUGUUAGAAGGACUGCUGCUUGGCUUCUUCCAGAAGACCAGCUGUGGUAUAGUGGUGUCUUGGAAGAAAUUAGGAUAUGCUGGGAAGAUUUCCAGAGGACUGCUGUAUAAAGCCGACUUUAAACAAAGUUACAGUAUGCUGAACCUGAAGGCCUUUCUAGAGAGCAAGUUUGUGAGCAGCCGAAAAGCAGCUGAAGAACUACUUGGCUCCUUGGAGACAGACCAUACCCAGCACCACUUCAGAAUCCCUAAGGUAACCAGAAAACUGCAAGGAAUGCAUCUGGAGAAGAGGGGGAGGAAAGAGUCUGUAUCUUCAAAUACCUAUGAAAGCAUAAUUAUAAGGCAUUCUUACAGCUCUUAUGGCCACAAAUACCACAAAUGGAGCUCAGUUGAAAGUAGAAACUUCAGCAUUGUGAGAGAGAAAAUCGUUAUUCAGAGUUGGCUUUCUGGACCAUCUGGAAACAAUGAGAGACUAUUUAAAGUCUUCACAUUGUUCCAAGUUGGAACACAGGGCAAAUCGAUAUGAAUUAAAUUCCAAAAGGUGCUAGAAAAGAGAUAUAAUACCCCUAGCUCACAUUUCUACCAAGUUUGGGGAUCACGGGACAUGGCUUCUAGGACCAGUUUGCUGUUGGCAACAAUUUUCUCCUCAUCAUGGCGGGAGCAAGAGACCCUGGCAAAUGUUGAAGAGCAGUGCCUGUCGCUGAUUAAAUCCAAGAUCCAGCUGGAGGCCAGAGUCAAGGAGCUGUCUGAGCGGGUGGAGGAAGAAGAGGGGAUAAAUUCUGAGCAGACUGCCAAGGGGUGGAAACUGGAAGAUGAAUGCCUGUAUUUGCAGAAAGAAAUCAAUGACCUGGAAACAAUAUUGGCGAAGUCAGAAAAGGAGAAGCAUGCUACACACCACAAGGUCAAGAAACUGACCGAGGAACUGUCUCUAAAAGAGGAUCUCAGCAAACUUAACAGUGACCAAGAUUGUGCAGGGGCCCGCCAGCAAAUGGGUGACCUGCAGGCAGAGGAGGGUAACCUGAGCAAAGCAAAGGGGAAAUUGGAACAGCAAGUUCAUGAGAUCGAGAAUGCCCUUGAGCAGGAAAGAAAAGUGAGAAUGCACUGUGAAAGAGAAAAGUGCAAAUUGGAAGAUUUAAAGCUGAACCAGGAAAGUAUGGAGAACCUGGAGAGCAGCCAGCUGCAACUAGCAGAAAACCUGAGGAAGAAAGAAUUAGAAAUGAGCCAAAUGAGUUCAAAGGUGGCAAAUGAGAAAGGUCUAGCAGCUUAGCUUCAAAAGAUGGUUAAAGAGCUUCAGACUCAGAUACAGGAUUUGAAAGAAGAGCUGGAAUCCGAAAGGACCACUCGAGCCAAGGUGGAGAGGGAAACAGCUGACCACACUUAAGAACUGGAAGACUUUGAAUAGAGGCUAGACGAGGCAGAAGGUGCCAACUUGGCUCAGCUGGAGGUAAGUAAGAACGAAACAAAAUUCCAGAAGCUUCACCAAGAACUGCACUUUGAGGCAACCUCUGCCUUUGCUGACAGCCUCACUGUGCUUGAGGGCCAGGUAGAAAAUCUACAGUGGGUCAGGCAGAAACUGGAAAAACAGAGUAAUUUGCAGCUAGAAGUGGAUGACCUCCUGACCCAUACUGAGCAGACCGCCAGAGCUGAGGCUAAUGCCAAGAAGCACUGUAGACUGUAUGGAGAGCAUUUGAAUGAAGCAAAUGCAAAACUGGGUGAGGUGAGUCAGCUGGUAAAUGACAACACGGAAGACAAUGCUACGAAGAUGAGCUCUGCUUCUGGGAAAUUUAGAAGGAGACUGGAAGAAAAGGAGGUUCCGAUAAAUCAACUUUCCAGGGAAAAGAGCAUCUUUGCUCAGCAGAUUGAAGAAUUUAGAGGGCAACUGGAAAAGGAGACCAAAGUAAUAAGUGCCCUGGCUCAUGCCCUGCAGUCAGCUAGGUAUGACUGUGACCUGUUUCGAGAUCCAUACAAUGAAGAGCAGGAGGCCAAGUGAGCUGAACUGGCCUCUUCUAGAAGCAAUGCUGAAAUGGUGCCAUGGAGAAAGAAGUACAAAAACUAUGCCAUCCAGGGAACUGAAGACUUGGAGGACAGCAAGAAGAAGCUGGCAAUUAGGUUGCAGGAGUCUGCUGGAGCCAGAGAGGUAGCCAAUGCUAGAAACGCCUCGCUGGAGAGCGCCAGGCACUGACUGCAGCUUCAUCUUGGGGAUGCCCUGCCUAACCUUGGGAAGGCACGCUCCCCAGCAGCGGUGCUGGUCCAGAAGCAGUGGCGUUUGGACAAGGCCUUGGCUGCCUGGAACUAAAAGCACGAGGAGGCUCAGGUGUUGCUGGACAUCUCUCAGAAGGAGGCCCAAGCCCUUAGCAAGGAACUCCUUGAGCUCAAGCAUGCAAAUGAGGAGAGCACUGUGAGCUGGGAGACACUCAGGAGGGAGAACAAGAACCUCCAAGAAGAGAUUUCUGACCUGACAAACCAGGUUAAAAAAGGAAACAAGAAUUUAAGUGAAAUGGAAAAGGUCAAGAAACUGAUGGAACAAGAGAAGACUGAAGUCCAAGUGGUACUGGAAGAAGCAGAGGGAGCUCUAGAACGUAACAAAAGUAAGAUUCUUUGUUUCCAGCUUAAACUCUUGGAUGCCAAAGCAGAACUUCAAAGAAAGCUUUCACAGAAAGAUGAAGAACUGGAAAAUAGCCAUAGACAAUAGCAGUGUGCUAUUGACUCCCUGCAGUAUAGUCUGGAUUCUGAAGCUAAGAGCAGAAUCAAGGCUACCUGAAUGAAGAGGAAGGUGGAAGGGGACCUCAACGAGAUUGAACACUAGUUGAGCUGACUCCACCGGCAGGCAUCAGAUGCAACCAAAGCCCUAGGCCAGUUUCAGGUUCAAACCAAGAGCCUUCAAGUGCAACUAGAUGACAGCAUGCACCUGGACAGUGAUCUGAAGGAGCAGGUGGCUGUGGCUGAUGGUGCACUUCAGUCUGAACUAGAGGAACUGAGGGCCUUGCAAAGGUAAGCUGAACAUGGGCCCAGGCUGGCUGAAGAAGAGCUCCUGGAGGCCACAGAAAGAAUCCAUCUUUUCCAUUCCAAGAACACAAGUCUCCUCAGCCAGAAAAAGAAACUGCAGGUUGCUGGUGCUCAGGAGAAGAAAAAAGCGGAAGAGGUGGAGCCUGGUUGUCAAAACGCAGAAGAGAAGGCCAUGAAGGCAGUGCCGAGAUCCCAAGCCCUUGCACAUGUAGCCGAAGCCAAGAGCAGGCUUCACAAGCAAGAAGUAACCUUCUUCAUGCAGAUUAUUGGCACUGAGAGCCUCUCAAACAUAUCAGAAGAAUUGAAGAAGGAGCAAGACCCCAAUGCCCACUUGGAGAGGAUAAGAAAUAAUAUGGAGCAGACAAUUAAAGACUUUAAAAAAAGGCUGGAUGAAGCUAAGCAGACUUUCUUGAAGGGGAGUAGAAAGCAGUUCCAGAAACUAGAAUCCAGGGUAGGAGUUUGCCAGAGUAAUGAUAGAGUCUUGACAACCUCCCAAGACCUUAUGGUUCUGGAACAUAACACCAGCUCUUCUUUCCUCCCUCAUCACUUUUGCUUAUAUGCAGAGGCCCAGCGGGGAGCCUGCAGACUUGAGACAUGCAUCAAAGAACCUACUUAUCAGGAAGAGGAAGACAAGAAAAAUAACAGGACACAGACUAUGAUGGGUAAAUUUAAACUAAAAGUGCAAAGUUACUAGCAGCAAGUAGAGGCAGCGUUAACACAAGCCAAUCAAUAUCUUUUCAAGUAGAAGCAGCAACAACGCCAGCUGAACGAACCUAAAGAAAGAGCAGAAAUAGCCGAAUCUGAAGUCAAUAACCUCAAGAUUAAAGCAAAAGAGUUUUGGGAAAAAGUUACAGCAGACACUCACUUCAGCUCUGAGCCUUAAAGCACCUGCAUUUGGGUCUUACGUCAUGGCAAGGAUCAGUAUAACAAGAAGUGUCCUGUUUCUCUCUUUAAAAACCUUAAAAAAACACAAACCAACAAGGGUCCAAUAAAUCUUCACAUAUUUAUUACAUUAUACUUGUCCAGGUAGUGCAGUGCUAAGUAGUUGUGUAGGAGGCAUGUCGUAUGUUGUAUUCAUACUUCGCAAAUGGUCAGUUCCAGGUUAGAUCGAAGGCUCUAAGCUCCAGGCCCAGAUCUAUGUGUACAGAGUCAGGAGCCCAGGGAGCAAAGAUGAUUAAAAAAGCAUGAAUGAGUCUGCUUGAAAUCUUGAGUGAGCUUUUCCCAUGGUAGACAAGCAGGUGACUUUGUGCUGUAUCAAUAUGGAGACGUGGGGAGAGAGGGUUAAAACUGAGGCAGUGGAGGGAACAAACACAAGUCUUUUCUUUAUUUCUGGUCCUGUCCCAACACAGAAAAUGCAUAUUUCUACAUCUCUCUAGUCCAUAAACAUGCUGUUCUGAUCUCUUGGUAAAGACCACCUCCUACUUUUCCAGGCAAAGAGGCAAAGUGACAAAGGAUACCAGCCACUCCUACUUUUAUAGGCAAACGACAGAGUGACAAAGAAUACUGAGCUGACUGGCAGGGCCAGGGUAGCCACAGCUUCCUUACUUGUGAUUUUUCCAUGAACACAUAGCCUUUAAACGAGGUCUGGCUUUAGGAAAAGCAAGUUACAGGAGCCUGGAUAAUGUGAUAUUAGCCACCUUUCAUAGAAUGUCAGCAAAGCACUCAGCACAGUGCCUAGCACAGACAGACACUAUUGUUUUAUUUAU